CCCCAUCCCUGGUGCCAGCCAUUCUCCCGGGCUUCGGUGUCCAGACCUGAGGGCCUGCCCUGUGCCCCGUGGAAGAGCCCCUCGAGCCCAGCUCAGCCUCGAGAGCCACCGAGGAGCCUGGGUCCCGUGCAGAAAAAUGGAUGGAGCUGGAGAGCGUCUUGUUAAGUGAAAUAAACCAGACUCAAAGUCAAGGAUUGUAUUGUUACUGGCAGCCAAACCAAGGAAACUGCCUGGAUCCCUGUUGGCCACCUGCCUGCAUAAGAAAUAGGCAAUGGAUAUACAAAGAAAAAAUGAAUUUUAUGCAGUUUGAUCAAAAUGGGGAAAAUCAGCUAGAAUGUUGUUCUCUGGAUUCUACAGAUAACGAGAGAUCAUGGAAGAAGUGACAUCAUCCUCCUUCAACAACCCUCUGUUCCAGCAGGAAGACAAGAAAGGGAUUACCUACCGGAUCCCGGCCCUGCUCUAUGUGCCCCCCUCCUGCACGUUCCUGGCCUUUGCAGAGAGGCGUUCAACAAGCAGGGAUGUGGAUGCACUCUACCUGGUGCUGAGGCGAGGGUUGAGGACUGGGCACUCAGUACAGUGGGGACCCCUGAAGCCACUGGUGGAAGCCAGUUUACCUGGGCAUCGGACCAUGAACCCCUGUCCUGUGUGGGAGCAAAAGAGUGGCUGUGUGUAUCUGUUCUUCAUCUGUGUGCGGAACCAUGUCACCGAACGUCAACAGAUUAUGUCAGGCAAGAAUGCUGCUCGCCUCUGCUUUGUCUGCAGUCAGGAUGCUGGAUGCUCGUGGAGUGAGGUGAGGGACUUGACUGAAGAUGUCAUCGGCUCAGAGUUGAAGCACUGGGCCACAUUUGCUGUGGGCCCAGGGCAUGGCAUCCAGCUGCAAUCAGGGAGGCUGGUCAUCCCUGCAUAUGCCUACUAUUUCCCUUGUCGGUGCCUUUGUUUCACACUACCAUGUAAAACAAGGCCUCAUUCCCUGAUGAUCUACAGUGAUGACUUCGGGGUGACAUGGCAUCAUGGUAAGCUCAUUAGACCUUUGGUGACAGUGGAGUGCCAAGUGGCAGAGGUGACCAGGAAGGCUGCUCAUCCUAUGCUCUAUUGCAGUGCCCGGACACCAAACAGGUACCGGGCAGAGGCUCUCAGCACUGAUCAUGGUGAAUGUUUUCAGAGACAGACCCUGAGCCCACAGCUCUGUGAGCCCCCACAUGGCUGCCAAGGCAGUGUAGUGAGUUUUCGGCCCCUGGAGAACACACUUAGAUGCCAGCACACAGGUGGCAAAGAUGCUCCUACCAUUCAGGAGAGCCCUCUGCUGGACAAUUCACUGAGGCUGGAGGAAGGUGCUGGAACAGCAUCAGAAACAUGGCUCUUAUACUCCCACCCAACUAGUAAGAAACGAAGAGUUGACCUGGGCAUCUACCUCAACCAGAACCCCUUGGAGAUUGACCACUGGUCUCACCCUUGGAUCUUGCACUGCGGGCCCUGUGGCUACUCUGAUCUGGCCGCUGUGGAGGAGGAGGGCUUGUUUGGAUGUUUGUUUGAGUGUGGGACCCAGUGUGAGUGUGAGCAAAUAGCCUUCCGUCUGUUUUCAGACCAAGAGAUCCUGAGCUGCAUAUAGGGGAUCUGCACCAUUCCUGGUAGGAACCUGAGCCAAUUCAAGACAAAUAAUUUACUGACUUUUCCAUAGAAGAGAAUGGCAGCCACAGCCAGGAUAACAGAGGUUACUGAGGUAUACAGAGAAUCAAACCCUUAAUAUUGUGCUCUCUGCCUUUUUUUCAUUUCUUCUCCAAAGAGCAAAAUGAAAAAUUCUCCAUAGCUCCUGCAGUCAAAAGAUCACUGACAUGGCCGGUUUUAGAAUAUUGGACUUGUUACCUGAACUUUCUGGGCCUCAGGUGUCCAUCUGUAAAAUGAGAGAAUUGAUUCUGUGAUCUCCUGUCUUCCCAUUACUGGGAGAAGCAGAGAACCUAUAUGUUCCAUGAUUAGCAAGUCCUGGCUGCAUAAGGAUUCUGCUCAGAAUGGGCGCCAGAGGACUUUAUUUUCAAAUGACUCUUCCCUAAUCAUCUUAUAAGGUUACACACAGGGGUCGAGGCAAGAAGAAAGACCUGGAUUUGUUUUUCAUAUUUAAUAACAAAACACCCUUACCCUUCUAAUCAUGCUCCAAGCUUUGCAGGCUGUCCAUCUUAGAGGAAUUGAGCAAGACAGCAGAAUCAUGAGGUCGCCUACUUUCUCCAGCUUUGCAGCUCUGCUCAACCUUCCCUUCCUUAUCCAGAAAACAUUUCCUGGGAGAAAAAUGAGAAACCAGCAGCCCUUGAUGAUGGUGCUUUCUGCUUCUGAUAUCAUUAUCUUGAUGAAAAUGAGCCUGAUGUUAAUUUUCCCAUCAGAGUGAUUCCUGUUGGGAAAAGGACAUAGGUUUAGGAUAUUAGAACACUGGACAAACCAGGCAUGUUGGUAUACAUCUAUGUCCCAGCUACUCAGGAGGCUGAGACAGGAGGACCCCUUGAACUCAGGAGUUCAAGGCCAAUUUGGGCAAUAUAGAGAGACCAUAUCUCUAAAAACAAAACAAAAAAAUGGACAAAACUUCCUAUGGUCCCUUCAAGGAGCUCACAGUUUAUGGAGCUAGAAAAGGAAUUAGAUUUGAGAAAAAAAUUGCUGAUGGUGGAUAGUUGGUAGAUACUGGGCUCUAAAUUGGGAUGAUGGUAACUCCUGAUGUCAUUGUUUUAAUUGCAUCUUCAGUAUACCUGGAGUCCUCUGUCCAAGGGCUUGUCCAGGUGGCUGGGUUUUCCCCAAGUUGGUUUUAUUCAGAAUGUUUUUGUGGCACAGCCUCUCCUUUAUCAUUGGGGAAGGUCCUCACCCAUUAGAAGGUCAUGGGCUGUAAACCUCUAAAUCAGGCCUAGUUGUUUGGACCUAUUGGAAUUGCUACUUUUGAAGUGGGGAUGACUCUCCAUCUAAGACUUUUGGGGCUGAACUUACUUAGUCAGUCAUGGGUAUCUCACAUGAUAUUACAAUGAUUGCUUCUAUCUUAGAUUGUUUCCCUAAUAGGCUGUUAUUUUAUGACAGAAAAUUUACCAUGAGAUUUAUUUUUUGUCUCUAUCUUUCUCCCUAUUUAAGGAGGAUAAUGCCUUAAACUCAAGCUAAAUAUUUUUUGGUGCUAGGUAAUGAUCAUGAAGAGUAAGCCUAGUUAUGGGAUGCAGCUAGGAGGCUAGAGUUGUAGUUAUACAAGGCAGGUAAAGAAUGUCAUACUUGAGCAUAUUGCUUAAGACUGUAACUUUGAAUGGAUUUUAAAAAUCCACUUAGCCUUGCAUACAUUUGCCAAAGUAAUCUUCUUAGUACAGUUAUGAUCUUCAUCCAUUUGUGUGUACAUUUAUUUAAAUAUUUCUUGAGUGGCUCUGCAUAAUGCAAGGUACUUCUGUUGUCAUUUCUUGGUUCAAAAUCAUUUGUGGCUCCCAUUGCUUACUAAAGUUUAAACAGCCUGACAUGCAGGACCUUCCAGUUGGGGAUUAAAAAUAAUACAUUACUACUUCCCUUUACUUCCUUAUAUGAAGCCCACUAUCAGGGAAGACCUUUGUCAAGCUGGCCAAGUGAAGGGUGGCAGGGGCCUAGGGGUGGGCAGGGUUGGUGGUAUAGGGAGGAAUUGAGGAAGAGGAGAGUUAAAAAAGCAUUUCUACCUCCUCCUAAGAGGUAGAAAUGCCUUGCUCAGCAAAGCUUUCCUGAGCACUACACCCCCAAGUAGAUAGGGACUGGAAGGAUGGCUAAUUCUAAACCAGGGAUAAGAACAUCCAGACUUCUUUAGGAUUGUCUAAAGGAGUCAAGGAAGGGAUCUUGGUCAUGUGCCAGCAUGGGCCAAAGCUGUGUAACAUCAGUAUUCAUAAGAUAUCCAUCUCUUAAUUGCCCCUCACCCUGUACUCCUCCCUUACCUCAUUUGUUCUCCUUAAUGGCUAGCAGUGAAACUUUUAACUGGAAAAGGGCUUAUGUGCUUACUUAAGGGAUGAGGAAAUCCAGAAUGAGGCCUAGAGUGGGUGAUGGCAGCUGUGAAGAAAAAGAUCAGCAGAUAUGAGUCUGUCACCUUUAGGAAGGGAGAGAAUGUGGCCCAGUUGUGAAGCCUGGGCUGGAGAGAUGGUGUAGGUGGUAGCUGCUGUGAAGAAGAAAUGACAAAAGGCUGGGGAUGUUUCCUGAAACCCAUGGGAAGGGAGAGAACCCUGCACAGGCCUGCAGCUUAGCCUGAGAGGAGGGUCAACCUAGCCCUAUACCAAGCUAACUUAACUUGGCCAUGCUAAGUGAACAAUAAAUACAGCUAUAGGCACUCCAGUGCUGGUGCCAAUCACCCAAGGCCUUUAGGGCCCUGGGACCUACCCUAAGUAAGCUCAUUUCAGCUACAAUUUGGAUGGUAGAGUGGAAAAGAUAGGGAAAGUGGUGACAGCUGUGAAGAAAAGAGGAAAGCAGAAGUGUACCUCUUGGGACCAAAUUAAUUAUCCUUUGCCCUCCAAAGCCCACCGUCCUGUUCCUUGGAGAAUGGAUGCAUCCAGCAUACAUGACCUACCACUAGGUGUGCACCCAAUCAAGUGCCCACCCAUUCAAACUGUUGACCCUACUCAUGUUCCUUAACUCCUCAGCUCUUUAAUAUUUAUCUCAGGUCCUUGUUGUUUUGUGCUUUGUUUGUACCUGUUUUUCCUGGUGACCAGUUUCCCCUCAGGUGGCCAAAGAUGUUUGUGACUAUAGCCAGAGAUAAGAAACUUUUCAUUUUGCCUGUUGGGUAAUCCAAAGGACCCAUAGGGGUCAACCCAAGGCUGUAGGAUUGAUAUCUCCAUCUGGAUCUGGCUGCUGUCUUCCCCAGUAGGCUAUAAGUGUCCCUACUGCAUUAUUGGAAGAGAUGUCAUGUCAUUCAUCUCUGUGCUGUCAGAGGCUGUACUCUUGAGUUUCUUUUUGAUUCUUCCACAGGCUGCUCUGUAUAUACCUCUCUAGGCCUCUGCUAGGCUGGAGACUUCUGAGAUCCAAGUCUGUCUGACUACUCUCUGUCCUUUUUACCUUGAAAAAAUAUAUAUGAAAUGACUUAUCUAUAAAUACAUACUUUUUCUACUACAUUUGGAAUUCCUUGAAAGUAAGGACUGUUUGAUUGCUUUCUUUGUCCUCUGAACCCAGUAUAGGGUCUGGAAAAGAGUGGACAGUAGAAAAGACAGGCUAAGUGAAUGAAUGAGUCGGCCUUCUGGAACUAACUAAGGAGGCCCAGAGGGAGUUCUGCUACAAGGAGGAUAUUAUGUCUCUCUAUAGUUGCACAAUAUUCAAAACCUGCUGAAUGCUCACCCUAAAUGAAUGUUCUCUGCCCUGGCCUGCUUCCAUGUUAGUCAUAGUAUUUCCUGGGAAUGGGCUUUUCUUUGGCUUGGUCCUGCCAGAUGUUCUCCAAAUUAUAGCCCAAGCCUAAACCCAAGCUAUGAUUCAGGGUUCUCAUUUCACAGGUAUUUCCCCUCUGUCCCCGAUUAGAUUUUCUGUAAUUGCCACUUUUCUAGGACUCCAAGGAAGAUGCUGAGACUCAGCAUGUUCUGAGUGGUCUUGGCUUUAUGAUGCCAAGUACCAAAAAUACUCCUUGUAUCAUAAAACUACCACCACUCUUAAAGAGUAAAAAGCUUAAUUUUGUUGACCACUGUUUUUUGGUUAAGGAAACUGAGAUGAUGAUCAUUCUACUAUCUAUUCCCAACUUCAAAAAUGAAUUUGAGGCAGUUCUUUUCACAAGAACUUUUACUUUUAGAAAACCUUAAUAAUAACAAUCCAUUGUGCCUUUACACAUUGCCAUUUGAACAUAGUUGACUGUGAAGGGAAGCAGGGCAGGGGCUAUCAAGACUAACUCAAUAGCAGGCUAUUUAAAUAGAGGAUUCAGGGUGUACAGGGUCACAAUGACCCCAGAUCCAGUGCUCAUCACUGCAUGUCUUAUGUAUUUCAAAACACUUUAAAGUUAUUAUCAAGCUGUAGUUGAAAAGCCCACAAAUGUUUACCUAAACAUAAUGAAUGGGCUUUAGUUUUAACUUCUGAUUUUAACCGAAUUUCUGUUAGUUCCAUUGGGAUGCUUAUAAGGCACUACUGGAUUUGGCCAUAUAUUUUAGCACAACUUCUUGUGUUCUGUCAGAUCAGUCGGUUAAAUUCACUUUUGAAAAGGCUUCAAAUGGGCAAAUCUUUUGCCAUAAUACUGAGAGUCCUAUAUGAUCAAACAAAUAAAGUUUGGAGAACUACUAAUUUACCUCUUAAAGUAGUUUACAGUAAUUACUUAUAUAAUCAUUUAAAAAUCUGGUGCUCUGUUUUAUUUUUACAUGUUUUAUUAGAUGGCUUAAUGUCUGAAGGGCUUUGGGGCUUGAGAGGAAUACUCAAGUCUGCUAUGUAAACUUUAGUAGUGAACAUUAUUGAACUCAUAUCAAAAUAUUAAAACCUUUAAAAUAUUUAUACAGUAAUAAAUUUGAUUAAAACUGCCUUAAAUAUAAAUACCAAUUAUAAAUUAAGUAGACCUGAUCCUUUUUUUUUUUUGAUACUGAGGAUUGAAUUCAGGGGCACUCAACCACUGAGCCACAUCCCUAGUCCUAUUUUGUAUUUUAGAGUCAGAGUCUCACUGAGUUGUUUAGUGCCUCACCAUUGCUGAGGCUGGCUUUGAACUUGCAACCUUCCUGUCUCAGCUUUCUGAGUUGCUGGGAUUACAGGUGUGCACCAUUGCACCUGGCUUAGAGCUGAUCCUUUUUGAAAAGUUCAAGCACUAUAAAUAUAGGUAAAAUAUAACUAAUCCAAUUACCAUAAAAUAUACCCUUAUACCAAAAUGGAGUACAAGGAGUUGAUGCCAUGGAUUUACAUUUUGAGAGUUCGAAUUUUUAAACCUCCCCAGGCUUUUAGUAACUUUAUUAGGGUCUCUCUACUCUCACCUUCCUAGGGAUUUAGUAAUAGCAGUACCAAAGAAAAAGAAUACCUGCCAUUUUAGACAAGCUGUCCAAUAGGCACAUUGAACUGGUAAGUUGUUGGCUAGAACCACAGACAAAUAUCCUUGACCAGUGGAAAAAUGCCUGCAUGCAUUAGAAACAGAAUAGAGUCAGGAAGCAUCCUGAUGCCAUCCACUUGGGCUCUUCACUGUUGUGAGAACCAAAGACCCCCUGACCUUUAUUUUAUUUUUUAAGCUACUGUGAGUUGGAUAUAUAUAACUUGCAACCCAAAGAAUUUAAAUAUCCAUUCUCACUGAAAAUUUGAUUACUUGGUACCAUGACCUGUUAGUCACUACCUGAAGAUGAAAUAUAAGCCGUAAGUAAUUAGCUGUCAAUACAGUCUACUAAAGUUUGACAGUAUUAUGUAAAAGGUACGUUACCAAGAGAGACAUUGGGAUAGACUGCAGAGGACCUUACUUGGAGGAACAGGAAGCUUAGGAUCCUUGUUCUAGAGUUAGCCACUAACCUGCUGUAUGGCUUUGUCUGAGUUACUGGCUCUCUCUGGAAAGCAGUUUAUUCAACUUUAGCAUGAGCACAUCCAUGUCCUCCUGCCUCACCAGGGAUUGUGUGCGCUUGCUAGGCCAGUAAAUUCUGAAAUUUAUGUUAUAUAAAUGGGAAGAUAAAUUGCCUUUAUCUGACCUUUGGUCUUCAUGACCCUCAGCACUGGCAGCAUGUGAUGUUUGAGUGCUAAGAAUGAAUUACAGAGGAGAGAGUGUGGCAGGGCCCACUGAGGAGGGCACUGAAAGGCUGACAGCCAUCCCUUGAGGAAACUGCAGGCCUGAUGGUUUUGACCAACCUUCUGACUUUUCCCUGUAUCUUUUGCUUCCUUACUAUAAGGAAUUACCUAAUCUAGGUAUGGAAGAGGCCACAAGUAGUCAGAAAGGGACUUGGUCUGCCUCAUCUGUCCUGUGUGCCUACUAGAAGGCCAGCGUAUUAUAGGAAAGAAAGGUGCAAGGAGAAUAACAUUUGUAAAGUGCCUACUGCAUGCUUUGAGUUAUAUAUUCUCUUGUUAACUCUUUAGAGAGAGAAAUAUAUUUCAGUGUUACACACCCAGUAAGUAAUGAAGACAGAAAUGAUUGCAAACCUCUGUCUUGGUCAUUCAGCAAAGAAGAGGCAGAAGUGGGAUGAUGCUUACUUCACAAGUUGAUAUGAGGAGAGUGGUGUUGCCUAAGUCCUUGGAGCAUGGUGGGCAUUUAGCAGCUGGUAAGAAGCUGAAGGUGAUGGUCCCUGGAGCAGUGGGUCUCACUGUGUGCUCAAACCAAAGUCAUCCUUUUUUGUUUUAUCCAAGAGAAAUGCAUUUCUUUUUCUCCUUGGAAGCCCAGAUCUACUGGAAUCAUAUCCCAGUGCCCCCAACCUUUAGAGCAGCUGCCUUUUCAAAAUCCAGAGUCAUUCUAAACAUAGAUUUUGUUGUCAUCAACUAGGAAUGGAACCAGAAAUGAGAGCAUGGAUUCCCUGAAGGGGUAAACAUAGAACUUGAUAACAGGUGAAGCCGACUUAGUGCCAAUGGGAAGCCCAGGGGCCUGCAGGCACUGGGCAGCUCUCUGAGCCACAAUUUGGAAAUAGAUUUUUGUGUUUGGCUUUAGCUAGCAGUGCUGCCUCAGUCUUUCCCCACUGUGGGCCAGUCUCUUGAGCUGUACCCGGUAGCUAGGUCUGAGCUCCCAAGCAAGGUGAAUAGUCCUCCAUAUUCUCUCAUCUUUGUAAUAACAAAAAAAAAAAAGCAAGGCAUCAUUGUCCCCAAGCUACAAAUGAGGAAACUGAGCAUUGAAAAGGUUAAAUGGGCAAGUAUCUUUAUAGUUUCUUCAUCUAUAAAAACCAGGGUAAUAAAAGUCCCUCAUAGUGUUGUGAGGAUCAAGUGAUACAAUAUUAAAACUUAGAUAAAAGUUUAAAAGUAUCUGGUACAUAGUAGGUGUCCAGAGAAUGGAAGCUUCUGGGACUUUUGUUUUUUCCUGUAGUAAUUAUAUUAGCCCAUCACAUGUGCACAGUGGGUGCUAGAGCUAAAUGCUUGUGUCUCCCUUAAUUCAUAUGUUGAAAUUUAACAAGGUGAUGAUAUUAAGAAAACGGGCCUUUGGGGAGUAAUUAAGUCAUGAGGGCUUGUCCUCAAGAAAGGGACUGGGGCCCUCAUGAAAAGCCUAAAGCAGCUUAUUAGCCCUUUUGUCCAUGUGAGGAUGCAGUUACAGGGUGCAGGCUGUGAGGCAGAAAGCAAGUCUUUGCUAAAUCUUCAGUCACCAAAUCUGCUGGCCUUGAUCUUGAACUUUCUAGCCUCUAGAACUGUGAGAAAUAAACUUCUGUUGUUUAUGAAUUAUCUAGCCUAAGGCAUUUUUGUUAUAGCAGCCUGAACUAAGUGUAAUUAGCAGUACUUUUCAAACUUAUACUUGCUUAUGAAUCACCUGGGUAGAUUAAAAAAAAAAAGUUCUCAGCCCCCCAUCCUCAAGUUUCCUUCCCCAAGAAUCUAAUUCAGUAGAUCUGGGGUAGGGCCUGAGGAUUUGCAUUUAUAAUGAGCUAUCAAGGAAUGCUGAUGCUGCGUGCCAACAGACCACUCUUUGAAUAGAAUUCAGUUGCAAUGCUUACCUCUCCAUCUAUUCCCUCACCUAACUUCUACUCAUUCUCCCCAUGAGGUAGGAGGAACAGUGUCUGUUACUUGAAUGUUCAUGUGAAACCAAGCUCCAUUUCCCAAAUAGGUGUCUAACUUAAGUCCCUAGCCUGCCAAUCAGCUGUAUUCUUGCUGGGUUAGAAAGUCAGCUUUCCUAUGACUUGGCAAUUGCCUGGGUUUCCUACUAAUAUUCCUACCUAAUCUCAUGGAGAUUAUAAAAGUGAUACUAUAGUUUGGACACAGACUUGGGCCUGUUGGGCACAAGGUGCUUUUCCAUGUGUAAGACAGGUUUACAUGGCCCCAGGACUCAGCCAAGGACUGUGUAGGUGGUAGACAAAGAGACCUUGAGUUAGUUGAGCUGCUGAGGACUCAGUUCUGUGAAAAGGGGUUUUAUAUGCCUGCAAAAAGGGAGAAUAAGGGUCAGGGCAUGUGAGUCGUCUAGAGAAUUGCCAAGCUAAAGAUUGCUGAACUCCAUGGAUUUGUGAGUCAAGUCUGAGACUCAGGAAUCGAGGAUGGGUUACAAGAUUCCUAUCAGACAAUAACCUGACACUAUGUAAGGUCUGGACUGUUAUAUUCCGCUCUCAGUGGUUACAUUGUAUGUGGCCACAAGGCAGAGGUCCUCCUGACUGCCUUUUGAUACUAGCUCUCUCCACUCAGGGACUCUAGACUCAAGUUUCUCUGGGGUCAAGGCAUUGGGAAAUUGACAAAAGGGAAUGGUGCCCUUCCUGCUACUCUGUGUGCCUGGUUUAAAAGCUCAGACUUCUGUAUUAAAAUUGAAGGAUGGUUUUAGGAUAUAGAAUUUGGCCUGUUGGCUGGUAUGAGCUUUAAGGAGAGGAGACUAAGUCCAUUUGUUCAUCAUCUUAUUCUGCUAAUGUAAUAGGACUCAAUAAAUAUUUGUUGAAUGGC